AUAAAAUGAAGAAUAAAAUUAAUACGAAAUGUAACAUCGGAGGGUCUAUAUUGAAGGCUAGGGCUGGAAACCCUCUUAAGAGUGGUCAGAUUGUCAAAAGAGAGAAUGUGCCCAAAGUUAUCAACAACAUACCUAAGAGCAAGACUAAGACAGGGAAAACAAAGAGGUUCAAACCUAUAAUUCGAGGUGAGACGAUCCGACCAGGGCCUAAAAUAAAUAAAUUAUACAAUUUUAUCUCAGCUAAAGGCACAGGAAAUAGGCGGGCAGAUACUUAUUCCUACAGAAUUAACAACUUAAAUCGAGUUAAGAGUAGAGGUGGCAACCGACCUAGUAAUAAGCAAACAGAUAUUGUAAUUCCUGAAGAUGGAUCUGGGAAUAAUUCAGCUAGACUAUCUUCCAAAAUCAAGAGGACUGAAAUCGCUACUGCUGAGAUUAAGAAGCAAUUUGCAGGCCGGAAUCAUCAUAAGAACUCAGUUGAGUCUAGUAAAAUACCUAGAACGAGUCACUUGCUUCAUGCUAAGACAAGUGAUAGAGCAAAUUUUAAUUAA